AUGGGAGAUGCAAGCUUUCAAAUCGGCUCAAGCAGCCCUGCAGGCCUGCCCAGCCUCAACCCAACAGAGUCAUACUGGCAGACAAGCCACCCAGUUCCCGUCGCCGAGCAUCGCUCGACAUCGUCACUUCCCUCCAAUGCAACGGUAGUGAUCGUUGGAACGGGCAUCAGUGGCGUCUUCGCCGCCCACGAAAUCCUAUCUCAGUCAACGGACAUUGACGUCCUGGUGCUGGAGGCGCGGACCCUCUGCUCAUCAGCAACCGGUCGCAAUGGCGGGCACCUGGUCCCAAUCAUCCAUGAACAGCGACCAGGAAUUAUUGCGUGGGAGCUCCGCAACUUUCACCACGUAGCGGCACUGAUUGAAUCGGCGGGGAUUCCAUGCGAUUUCAGGAAACUAAACGGCUGCCUUGGCUUCUGGAAUAAAACGUAUUUUGAAGAAGCGAAGGCCGCGCUGAAGGAAGCGGCGGCCUUGGCGCCAGAGCAGACGAGGGAUGCAGUGCGUGUCGUGGAGGACGCCGCGGAACUCGAAGAGCUAAAUCUCGUGGGUGCCGUCGGUGCGAUCGUGCAGACCACUGCCGCGAGCCUGAGUCCAUACAAGCUUGUGACGUGGCUCUGGCAGGAUCUUCUGAAAAAGCAUGAGGGCACGGGGAGACUCAACCUUCAGACCACGACGCCAGUCACAUCGCUCUCUCCGCAUAGCAAAGAAGGUAAUCCUGGGUAUCUUCUCACCACGGCUCGAGGAACAAUCAUAGCCAGCCACAUCAUCCUCGCAACGAACGGCUACACCUCCCACCUCCUGCCCCAAUUCAGCAGCCUGAUAAGUCCGACCCAGGCGCAAAUGACAGCCCAACUCCCGCCCCCGGACUCUCCGUUUUCCUCGAACCUGAUCCCGCGGAGCUACGGCUUCGUCGGUAUCCCAGGCAUGGACCACGAGAUGUCAGACUACCUUGUGCAACGACCGAUCUCAGAGAACGGUGCGACAGGGCGAGGAGAGCUCAUGUACGGCGGCGGCCGACAUGCAGCCAAGGGAUAUGGCGUGGGCGUGAGCGACGAUAGCUAUAUCGAUCCCGAUGUGGAGAACCAUCUGCGUGGGCUUCCCGAGCGGUUGAAUCUCGCUGCUCAGGGCUCUGUUCGCGUCACCCACCUCGAGCUCCUCGCCUCCUGGACGGGCAUCAUCGGCUCCUCAAUCGACGGCUUCCCCUGGGUUGGCGGCGUGCCGGACCACCACGGCAUGUUCCUCGCCGCGGGAUACAGCGGCCACGGCAUGCCGAAUGCGCCGCUCAGUGGUCGUCAUGUUGCGAGGUUGGUACUCGAAAGUCUUCGAAACGGUGGUGACUGGUCUGGCUUGCAGAAAGCGGAGGUCGAGCUGACGGAGAAAAAGGGUCUGUCGUCUGCCAUCGAUUCCGAUGCCGUUGAGAAGAAUUUUGGAGUUCCAGUUGAAUAUGUGAUCACGAAAGAACGAAUAAAUGGAGCUCUGGGUUAG